AUGCCAGAACCACAAACUCAAUCACCAUCACUUUCAUUUGGUCUCUUCUUGAAGUAUGGUCUUGCCGGUGCUCUCGGUUGCUCCAUUACUCACUCUGCCGUCGUACCAUUGGACGUCGUCAAGACUCGUUGUCAAACCGACCCAACCAAAUACACCGGUAUGGUCAGUGGUUUCAGAACCAUCAUCAAGGAAGAGGGAGCUGGUAUGUUGCUCCAAGGUCUUGCCCCAACCGCUAUUGGUUACGCCUUGCAAGGUUUCUUCAAGUUUGGUUUCUAUGAAGUUUUCAAGAAGAAAUACGCUGAUGCCGUCGGUCCAGAGGCUGCCGUCACCUACCGUAUUCCAAUCUGGUUGGCUGCUUCCGCCACUGCUGAGACUAUUGCUGAUCUUGCUUUGUGUCCAAAUGAAGCUACUAGAAUUCGUUUGGUUGCUGAUCCAUCAUACGCCAAGAGCCCAGCUGAAGCCUUCACCAAGAUUUUGAAGAAUGAAGGUCUCCUUGGUUUGUACAAGGGUCUUCCACCCAUUUUGUUGAAGCAAGUUCCAUACACCAUGGCCAAGUUUGCUGUAUUCGAGUUCACUGCUGAAUCAAUCUACAAGACUUUGGCUGCAAGUGGAAAGCCAAAGGAGUCACUCACCGACUCACAAAAGCUCACCGUCUCACUCGGUUCAGGUAUUGUUUCUGGUGUCGUCGCCGCUAUCGUCUCACAACCAGCCGAUACCAUCUUGUCAAAGAUCAAUCAAGAAAAGACCGACGGAGGUGUUGCUAAAGCAAUUGGAAACAUCGUUAGACGUCUUGGUUUCUCUGGUUUGUUCUUGGGUGUUGGUACCAGAUGUUUUAUGGUCGGAACUUUAACUGCUGGUCAAUUCUUCAUCUACGAUGGUAUUAAAAAUAUGUUGGGAAUCACAGCAAAGAAAUAUGAUAUUGGAACCAUCUCUGUUGUCAUCGAAUGGAAUUAUUAUGAAUCAACUAGAGUUUUCAUUCAACCAAGCUUUAAUUAUAAAAAUUUAGAUAACACUUCUUCGAAAUCUAUUUCAGUAGGAUUGCUAUUAGAUUUGAACCUCAAAGAAGCAGCUACAUCAAUAAGAGAUGGAGUUGGAAUGUAUUUUGGUUUGGUAAAUGAAUAUAAUAGAAAUCAUCAUGGAGAACCUGGUCAAUCUCCAGCUUCUCCAGCUCCGCCAGGUGGUCAUCCACCCAACGAUCCAUAUUGGAUGCACGAGGGUUUCUGGGCAAAAUCAAAACCAACCAACGACGUAGAGAUGGCUUCACUCUCACCACCACCACCAGCAUAUGCCGAUCACCAAUUCAAUCAUAAUAUUCCAAUUGACAACUUGUCUCCACCCAAAUCAAUGGACUAUUAUCCACCAGAGAUGAUUGUAGAUUCCGAUGGAACCAGAGGACGGGGAAGAGGACGUGGUCGUGGUCGUGGUGGACAUCCAUCACGUGUCGAUGCGCCAGCAGUCACUGCUGGUCAUCCCUCUGAAAAUCCAUAUCUUCAAGGAAGUGAUAAACCGACAGCUGGAGUUGGAAUGGCAGCUGCUCCUCUAAUGACAAAACGACCAAGUCCAGUGAGUCGCGGAAUUUCAGCACAUAAUCUAAAGGAAACAGAGCUUACAGCACCACCACCACCUCAACAAUACACACCCUAUUUCAUUAUAUUAAUUAGUUUGAUCAACGUUUGCAUUUUGAUUUGGGAAAUCAUUUUGAAUCGUGGAUUCGAGCCUUGGAAGACCAAUCCAUGGUUUGGACCAUCGGCCACCGUUCUCUUGAAUGCAGGCGCCAAAUAUACUCCGGCAAUGCUAGCCGGUGAAUGGUGGCGUUUCUUCUCGCCCAUUUUCUUGCACGUCGGAAUUUUUCACUUGUUGAUGAACCUCAUGACACAGGUUCGUGUUGGAAUGCAGUUGGAGCGUGCCUAUGGAGCACAUCGUAUCGUGCCCAUCUAUCUAUUAUGUGGAGUCAUGGGAAAUCUGUGUAGUGCCAUCUUCCUACCACAGUCUGUACAAGCCGGUGCUUCCGGAGCAAUCUUUGGUUUCCUCGGAGUUCUAGUGACCGAUCUCUUUAGAAACUGGAGUCUAUUGGCUAGUCCUUUCAUGAAUUGUUGUUCAUUGAUGUUUACCAUUAUCAUUUCAUUCGCUGUAGGUCUGUUCUUGCCAGGUGUAGAUAAUUUUGCACAUUUCGGUGGAUUCGUGAUGGGUAUCAUGUCGAGUUUGAUUUUCCUACCAUCUUUGACACCAAAGAGAGCCAUUGGAAAGCGUGUAUGUCUGAUACUCAUUGCCAUACCAAUUACAGUUGCCACUUUUAUUGCAUUGUUUGUUGUAUUCUAUAGACAAAUUGAAACAAGUUCCUGGUGUCCAGGUUGCAAAUAUAUUACUUGUCUUCAAUUCCUUAGUUGGUGUAAAGCAUCAUAA